CUUGUGGUGAUAUGUUAGAAUUAGUUAGUUCGGAUUAUUAUGCUGGAGAUAGAGUUAAAAAAGAAGGUAAACAUUGUACCAAAGGGAUGGGGAGAAUAGUUCCUGAUCCCAAAGGAUAUGUUACUUUGAAAAAUGGUACUAUAGUGCCUUGUGGUAAAGGAAAAGAGAUGAAUGAUACUACUAAGUAUUUAGGUUACAACGAAUACAUCGUUUAUGAUGUUAAUCAAAUAUCUCAAAAAUAUUUACUCAAG